UCAUUCGAGUUAGAGAAGCGAUGGCGGAGGAUCACCGAACAAAGUUUUGCUGCUGUGAAGAUGUCACUGGAUAAACUCGCUAGGAAAGAGCACAUUUCGUGAAAACUUUUGAAAUGUUGGCGGUUGAUUUAUACGCGCGCAUGACCGGAAGCGCUUUCCGCCGUGCUCGAGCGACGUGUCCCUGGGGACGACAGACUUUUGGGAGCCGCUGCGCUGAUAUUUUGUGAACUUCGGAGAGACUGGAGUCGGACGAGCUAACGCGCUAGCACGGCUCUUUAGCCUGUACUAUUAAACUCAGACAAACUGGUUUUUUAUACCACAGAGAUACGUUAAUGAUUUAACUUUAAAGUUUCUUAAAUGUUAAAUGCUUAAGUAGUGAAAUAGUUGUUGGACGUUGAUUCGUUCGCAUGGGAUGAGCAGGUACUUUGCACCUGUUGCCCGGUGGGGUAACGUAACUAAACUUGUUUUUCUUUCGUAGCAUAGUUUCUUUCUUGAAACAAAAGAAAACUUAAACUUGUUUUUGAGCCUGAAUGUAGUUUACCAUCAGAAGUCAACGGGAAAAUUCGCAUGUUUAUAAAAUACUGCGGCUAAUGCUGAUGUCCCAGCUUCACAGACACUUCGCACUUCCAGAUUGGAUAAUUCAGCUGGUUUAACGUUACGUGGAAACAAGGGAAUGCGUCUCAUAAUUUCCCUUAAGCCGGAUUUAACAUGAGCCACUGCGUGAAUGAAGCGUUUUUUUGAUGUAAAGUGGAAUUUGUGAGGAACUCCGAUCAGAAACUUUUCGUUGUGUGCACAUCCGAGAGGAAUACAAGGACUGCCGGUGUUUUUACUCUGGUCAAGGCACCCUAUGGUGUGCCUGCAGGCACCGAGACAUGGAUGUUCCCCAGCCCGUUUUCCCAAACGGUGAGGGGCGACUGAGCCUCGAAGACCAUGUCUGGACCGAGUCCACUAACUCUGGAUCAUGGGCUCAUUCGGCUCCCGUGUGUUCCCGCUCGCUUUGGACCGCCGUGUUUGACUAUGAGGCCAGCGGGGAGGACGAGCUCAGCCUUCGGCGAGGAGAUGUGGUGGAGGUCCUGUCUAAGGAUGCCACCAUCUCGGGAGACGAAGGGUGGUGGACUGGAAAAAUUAACCAUCGCGUGGGCAUCUUCCCAUGUGAUUAUGUUACUUACCAACCAGCCAUUUACAGGCUUCCUGCGGGUGGCGCGGUAGGGGCUCAAGAGACUGACCCGUUGACCCCGGUUCAGAUACCUUUUUCUGAACUCAUUAUAGAAGAAAUAAUAGGCGUUGGAGGCUUUGGCAAAGUUUACAGGGGGACUUGGAAUAGCCAGGAGGUUGCAGUGAAGGCAGCUCGACAGGACCCCGAUGAAGACAUUAAAGCUACUGCAGACAGUGUUAAGCAAGAAGCCAAACUUUUCUCCAUGUUGCAACAUCUUAAUAUCAUGAAACUGGAAGGGGUGUGUUUGGAGGAGCCGAACCUGUGCUUGGUUAUGGAAUACGCCCGAGGAGGGACUCUGAACCGAGCCUUGACCGGCAGAAAGAUCCCUCCUCACAUCCUUGUGAACUGGGCCGUUCAGAUCGCCCGAGGAAUGCACUAUCUGCACGAGGAGGCUGUAGUUCCCAUAAUUCAUCGCGAUCUGAAGUCCAGCAACAUUUUAUUACUUGAAAAAAUCGAAAAUGAUGACAUCUGUCGGAAGACCCUGAAGAUAACUGACUUCGGCCUGGCUCGGGAGUGGCACAAAACAACCAAGAUGAGUGCAGCUGGCACUUAUUCCUGGAUGGCUCCUGAGGUCAUUAAAUCCUCCCUGUUUUCCAAAGGCAGUGAUGUCUGGAGUUAUGGUGUCCUGCUUUGGGAAUUAUUGACUGGAGAGGUUCCUUACCGUGGCAUCGAUGGUCUGGCUGUUGCUUAUGGUGUGGCUGUCAACAAAUUAACCCUUCCCAUUCCAUCUACCUGUCCCGAACCUUUUGCCAAGCUCAUGGAGGAUUGCUGGGAGCAGGACCCCCAUAUCCGUCCAUCUUUUUCUGCCAUCUUGGAGCAGCUGACUGCCAUAGAGGAAGCUGUGAUGGCCACCAUGCCACAGGACUCUUUCCACUCGAUGCAGGAGGACUGGAGAGUGGAGAUUCAGGAGAUGUUUGAUGAGCUACGCACGAAGGAAAAUGAGCUCCGUUCCCGUGAGGAAGAGCUAACGCGAGCCGCCCUCCAGCAGAAGUCUCACGAGGAGCUCCUGAAGAGAAGGGAACAGCAGCUGGCCGAGCGAGAAAUCAACGUGCUUGAGCGAGAACUCAACAUCCUCAUUCUCCAGCUCAACAAAGAUAAGCCCAAUGUCAAGAAACGGAAGGGCAAGUUUAAGCGCAGUCGUCUCAAACUCAAAGACGGCAACCGCAUCAGCUUACCUUCAGAUUUUCAGCAUAAGAUUACAGUUCAGGCCUCUCCCACUAUGGAUAAGAGGAGAAGCCUCAACAGCACUAACUCAAGUCCCCCUAGCAGCCCUACGUUGAUACCCCGCCUCCGAGCCAUCCAAUUGAGCCACCCAGGUGACACUGGCCGAAGGGACAGUAUGUUUGUGUAUCACCAGGAUGUGGAUAUCACAAGCGAGUGUAAACCUCCUAGCGGGUUUAGGAAGAAAGUGACCCUGGAUGAGAGCAACAGAACAUGGGGCCGGAGCACCAAUUACAAACCUGAGGAGUUUGAGGAUGUUAAAAAAGGAAUUAAGAAGAAAGGCCGCACAUGGGGUCCAAGCUCUGUACAGACAAAAGAAAGGGGAAACGGUGCUGAAAGAGUUCGACCUCUCUCUGACGGAAGCAGUCCGUGGUCUACUAGUCUCAUGAAGAGCCAGAAAUCUGUUCCAUUGGCCGCCUUAUUUGCUGAGCAGGCAAACAGUAAAGAUGAAGUGUGUUCUGCCGAUGGAUCUGACAACAAACCAAAGCAAUUCAAGUUCCCCAACCAGGUGUAUAUUGAUCUACCUCUGUGGAAAGAUGAGCAGGGGGACAGCCAGGGACCAGGUGGUGGAGGUGAAGGUGAGAGUCAGGAAGACCCAACAACAUCUACUAGUUCAACCAGCACUACACCACAGCACACCCCCACCAACAGCCUAAAGCGCGCUGCCACACGCCGGCGCACAGACUCUGUUCUCUAUGGCUGUGCCUCCAUCCUGGCAUCUGUUGCCUUUGGCUUUGACCUACGGGAGGUCUGUAAGGCCGCUGCCAACGAGGAACAAGAACCACGUGAGGAGAAGAAAAAACGGGAAGGACUUUUUCAGCGUGCUACUCGCUUCCGACGUAGCACCAGUCCCCCUGGUGGUCGCUCACGGAAGGACGAGGUUGCAGCUGGGCCUGUGAACCUGCUCGCCAUGUCAUCGAUUUCUGAGUGCAACUCCACCAAGUGCCUCCUGCAGUCAGAUUUCGUGGGGACUGGAUGCAGCCCCUUAAAAGAGUCUCCGCUCAGCAGUUUGCAUACAAAUGCGAAUACCAGCACUAGUUUGGCAGUGGCGACCCCUGCGAAAAGUGACGCCCUUCCUUCAACAGAUCAUUCUUCCGGAUCCAACUCUCGUCUUAGGAGAAAGAAGUCUAGCCCUGCGGUGUGUCAAACCAUUAAUGGCAACGGUACCUCCCAAACCAGCCCAGCUGAUUCAUCCGCCAUCACUUCCUCAAGAAAGAAGCCUGACAGAGAACCUGUUCAGGAGAAGCAAACCUCCAGCGAAUCAUUUUCCAGACCCCGACCCCUUUCCUUAAGAAGCAAGUCUCAUUCCUGGGGUCUGCUCAAGAGUCGCAACAAGAGCUAUUCUCUGGGGCACUGCUCUGGGGGCAAGAGUGCCCAAACCUUGGAUGUUGUUUUCCCCUCAGACGUCAAAACGGGGUUCUCUUUGCUGGAUGUUGACACAGAGGGUCAGAAACGAGACUGCACAGUUCCUCUCUGUCGAAUCCAGAGCACUCCAGGAAGGCUUUCUGUCUUUGAGCUGGAGAAAGAGUUUUUAUCUUAAAAUAAGCUGCCUUCUGAACAAACCUUAACUUGUUUUUCCCUUUUUAAAGACAUCAUGGCCGUUGAUCUAUAUUUGAGCCAUUGCUGCUGGAGUUCAUCUGUGGUACUUUUAUUUAUAUUCUGUUUACUUUGAUAUGUAAUUUAAGAUAAAGUGACAUAUAUGAAGUAAAUGAUCAACAUUCCACUGGAUUUACAGUUGAAGUGCUGGUUUGUAGUUUUUACACGAGGACAUUUUACACUAAACAACAUCUCUUCUGUUAGAAACGACUGAAACUGGGCCCACAGUGUUUAUACUGUAUAAAUAAAAAUAACAGAUGUUGGAGUGAUGAACAGUUAGUUAUUUGGUAAAGUGUUGCACUAUAGCAAAUGCAACAGACCAAACUAACAAAUCCAUUCCUGAAAGAGGCAGUCAUCAGCUUUGCAAUAAUGUUUUAUGUUUGUUUGAUUGAUGAAGUCUUUGCAAACCCACUUCACAAGACAUCCUCUAGGAUGAAACGCAUGCUUUAAUUUAGAUCUGGUGUUCUGUGGUAUUUAACUUUUAUGCCUUUUAAUUCCCAUCGGUUUAAUGUAAGUAUGCCUGCCACAAAUUUACAUGCCUGUAAAAUCGGUAGGUUGGAUAACUCAUGACAUGAGUCUAGUAUUCCUGAGACACCAUCUCUGAAGUUCUACUGCCAAAAAAAUGAGUAUGCACUGCACUACUGAUGCUGUCUAUCAAUAUUGAAAUCAUUCUAGUCUUUAAAAGUACAUUUGACUUUGUGUCAUACAGCAUUCCACUAUAAAUACACUAACAGUUUAAUUUAAGCACCAGAACCUUCCUUAAGUCUUACCACUAAAGUAGCUUUUGGUUUCUGAGUUUACACCGAAAUGGGUUAGGAAAACAUUACAAUAGUAUGUUUAUCAACAUAAAUGAUUCAAUUGUGUCAAGUGAUCAUUUGUUUAAUUGUUGCAUGAAAUAUACUUUAACAUGUACUGUAUCUUAUAACCUAAUCUCAAAGGUAUUCAUACGUAUUUUUAAAGAUGGCUUAUUCUAAUUAAUUUGUUCGUUGUGAAACGUACGAGUACUUGAAAAGAGCAAUACUGAAGCUCCACCCCUUCACUGAUGCGACAGCAAAUCGUACUAAAACUUACAAAGGAGGUCUUACAAAUUUGCCACUGCACAAAAUAUUUACUUUUUUCUGUGAGAUUGUGUUGUAUCUUAAAACUGCUACCGUAACAGACAAAUUCUCUUUUAGUUGUAAUCUUUAUAUUUUAACUGUAUUCUCAACCAUUACCCUUUGCGGUAGACUGAAUAAUUCUCUUGUUGGUUGUCUAUUACGGAACGGAGAAGUAAAAUAUCCUCCUGAAGGAUGAAUUCGAUUUUGUAGAACAUAUGGAGACUGUGAUCUAAAACAUGCUUAGUUAUUUUGGAGUUGGGGAUGACAUGGAUGAGUAUUUUAACUCUAUUUGUUGAAUAGAUGUGAGAUGAUUUCCCACACGCAGUAUUGAAAAGCUUUUUCUAAGUAUAAUAGGCACUAGAAUUGUGUGAUUCUGAGUAAAAGUGCUUUUUGUUCAGAAAAUGUCACAAUGGUUUUUACACUGACCACCAGCCUCAGCAUUCGUUUAAAAACCCUUUGUGUGGCAAUGUUUUAAAUGAAGAGCGAAAUGUCAUGCGAGGCACUGGAUUUUUUAUUAUUUUGAAUUAUGUAUUGAUCUGUGUUGUUCAUUAUAUGUAUGCUGUUGUUAAUAUCUUAAGAUAUUGUAAAACACAGGACUGGACUAGUUUAGGUGUACAACUGCACAUAGGAGUCAAAUGAACAAUGGACUCGAGACAUUGUGGUGCCUCUUUUUUAUGUCUUGCAAUGAUUUUUACUUUUAAGAUGGAAUAAUACAAUGCCUGUUUUGUAAAUAUCUUGUGUUGUUGUUUAAGCACAAUCAUUCCUACUCUUAUGGGAGUAUUGCAGCAAUCCAACAUUUUAAUGCUCAUUUCAACAGAUUUUCAAAGGCAUAAAUGUCUUCAGUGUGGACAUUUUUGAGUUGAAGUUGCCCACCAUCUUGGGAACAUCUUAGCUUCCCCAAUGUUAAAUCCACAUAAAAUGUUACAUGUUACACAUGCAUUGCAGAUAGUUUUGUUUAGUAUCUGUGCGCUGAGCUUUGUUUUAAUCCAGUGUUUACCCAUGUGACCAAUUUAAUGUUAAGCUGUGUUGAGGUGGGCUGAUGAAGGUUCACCAAACUGGUUAUUUGCUCCAGGAGGGCUCAAAGAGAAAAGGGCUGAGCCCACAAUCGUCUCAUUUCUAUCAAAUUCUACUAUUUUACUGUACACAAGUGACCAAUAAAUCCUUUAUACAACA